AUGAAAUCAUAUAUUCAAAUCUUAAGUCUUGCUACUUUUGCCUCUGCAUUCGAUCUAAUGUUCUUAAAUGAGGAUCUACAAGGACUAUCUAAAAGAGCAAGUUCUACCUGUUCAAAUGGUUGUCCUUCUGCCAGUGAUACCAUAACUAAGGAAUGUGGUGAUGUCUCAGGCCAAAAUUUUGAAACUACCACUAAAUUUUUUAAUUGUCUUUGUCAUCUUGGUGGAAGUUUUUGGGAUGACUUAAGUACAUGUGUCAAAGAUUGUAGUGAUAUUGAUACUCAAGGUAUCGACACAAGUCCACUGGGUUUACAAAGUUUAUAUUGUCAAACAGCACAAGAAUUUUCUUCACUCCUUGAAGAAUUUUCAGGUUCAAUCCCUUCUGCUUUCAACAAUGUUGGGAAUCAAGGAUUAGGUUUUGCAAAUGCAGCUGGUUCUGCCACUGGUGAGACCGAAACUUCUCCUAGUACACUUGAAGCUACAACCACUAAAGAAACUACAAAUGGAAGUGCAACCACUAAAGAAACCACAAACGGAAGUGCAACCAAUGGAAAAACUACUACUUCUGAAACAUCUUCCGAAUCAAAGGCUUCAGAAAGUAAGACUACAUCUGAGUCUAAGACUUCUUCAGAAACAACAUCUGGAACUAAGAAUGAUGCAAUGUCUAUGGGUGUGGGUUCCUUCCUUUAUUUGAUGGCAGUUGCUUUACUUUAA